CCUCUACCGGAUGCGGAAAAGACUCACAUGUUUCUUCGCGAGCAAAAGCAAAAACACGAGGAUUUGAGUUUUACCUAUAGACAGACUUCUAGACAGAUUUACUCAUUUUACACACCGCAGGAACAGACAAAGGGUGAGAAUGGCCUCUUACACCUGCAUCAGCUGCAGAGUGGCGUUUGGAGAUGGGGAGAUCCAGCGAGCUCAUUACAAAACAGACUGGCACCGCUACAACUUAAAGCGCAAAGUGGCCGACAUGCCUCCAGUCACUGCCGAGAACUUCCAGGAGCGUGUGUUAGCUCAGCGGGCUGCUGCAGAGAAGCAACAAGCCCACUCCUCAACCACCCAGGCCUGUGAUGUCUGCAAUAAGAAGUUCUCCUCAGACAACGCCUAUCAGAACCACCUGAAAUCUCACAAACAUCAGCAGGCAGAGAAGCAGGCCCUGACCGCUGCUCAGAGUGAAGUGGAGCGGCUGAAUGAGAAGAAUCUGGAGAAGGGCCUUGGUCCAGAGGAGAUGGACAAUGAUGCCAGAAAUGCGGCUCUGCAGGAGGCAUUGAAGAGGCAGCAGAAGCCGUGUGUGUCCCAUCCAGAGCCCAGUGCCCCCCGGGUACGAGCUGACAAACCACCCCGCUAUGUGUGGCUGGAGGAGCAGGCCAAGAGACGGGAGAGAGGGGACAUGACUAACUUGGACCACGAUGCAGCAGAAGAAUGGGAGGACAUGGAAGAAGAUGAGGAUGUGGAGGAGGAUGAAGAUAUGAGCUCUGAAGAGGAGGAAGAGCAGAUGGAGCAGGCAGGUCCAGCUGAAGCCCUCCUGCCUGGGUCCAUCCCUGUGACAGACUGCCUCUUCUGCUCCCACCACUCGCGCUCGCUGCUCAAGAAUGUGGCCCACAUGACCAAGAUACACAGCUUCUUCAUCCCAGACAUCGAGUUCCUUGUGGACCUCCGAGGGCUCAUUCAGUACCUGGGGGAGAAGGUCGGAGCAGGAAACGUGUGCCUUUGGUGUAAUGAAAAGGGACGCUCAUUUUAUUCAACUGACGCUGUCCAGAAACACAUGACCGACAAAAGCCACUGUAAAGUCAACAGCGAGGGGGAUGCUGCCCUGGAGUUUGCAGAUUUCUAUGACUUCAGGAGCAGCUACCCGGAUAGGCCAGAGGAGGGCGGUAUGGAGACAGAGGAGCUUCCAGAAGACAAGACGCUGCAGUUUGAUGAGGAGACGCUGCAGCUCACACUCCCCUCAGGAGCGGUUGUGGGUCACCGCUCUCUCAUGAGAUACUACAAGCAGCGCUUUGGGGCCCAGCGUGCUGUGGCUCUGUCCCACAACCAGAAGGCUGUGGGCAGGCUGCUGCGCCAGUACAGAGCUCUGGGCUGGACCGGAGAUGCAGGAGGCUCCCAAAUGCAGAGGCAGAAGGACAUGCAGUACGUCCAGAUGAUGAAGUCAAAAUGGAUGCUGAAAGUGGGAAUGAGCCACAACACCACGCGACAGAAGCACUUCAGAGCUCAAGUCAUGUUUUAGUUCUCCGCACAAGAACUGCUGCACAUCAGCAACCAGCACAACAAAGACUGCAUCCACUUUACUCGACCCUGCAUCAUGUUGGAACUCUGGCCUACAGUGUAAACAAUAGCAUAACAGAUUUAUCAUUGUUGAUUGAGAUGGAUUCAGUUCAGAUUUGAAUGUUGAUUAAAUAUGUUUCGGUGUGGAUUGUU